CCGCCGCCCCUCCGCCGCCGCCGCGCCCAAGCGGCGCCCCGCGUUCCCCCACUGGCGCCCGAAGAAGAAGGAGCAGCAUCCCCGGGCGAGCGGCGGUGCCGCGCCCGCCUGCGCCUCGCCACCCRCCGCGACCCUCGAGUCCCCGGCCCCGCGGUACUAUGAUGUGUCGGGCAGACGCUGCACUGCGCAGGAGAGCCAAACACUCUCAGUGAUCUGUCCCCACUCUUACGCUCUCCCAGCAAUAUCAAUGUCUACUGCCUCAUUGCCAGCAGCACUUAGAAAGUCCACCUCACACAUUCCGGAUUCUUCCAGAGAAGAAAAUAAAAAGAAACCUGUUUUGGAAAUACUUGGAAAUUUGUUUGGUACAGGCAGGAGGAAAAAUGUCAAAAGUUCACUAGACCACACUUCUCAUCAUAAGGGUGAGAGGUCAGGUUCUCCUCACGGGGCGCAGGCAACAUACUCCAAGCACUUCAAAGAAGGACACGAAGCUCCUCAAGUACAGAAGCAAGUGAGAAACGCAAGUGCCCUUUCUGAGGCAGAGGAAUGUAAUUUCAGUGGGGAAGUAAGACCGCUGUAUCAMGACACAGUUUCAGAAUGGAGUAGCAGGGGAGUCUCUUCUGACAGUGAGUGGUCAGCAGAUUGGAGCGGCAGCAGUGAAACCAUUAAAAACUCUUUCUGUGAGAGUAGCCUGAAUGUGGAAACGCUGGGACUGGAGAAAGAAUCCGUCACAGAUAUAAAUAAUUCCACAACUCCAGAUUUCAUACAGAGCUUGAGAAAUUUGUCUAACGAAGACUUAGAAAAGAGUAUCCUGAGCCACAAACAGCUUGUAAACGCGUGGGYGUCUGAGGAGCCUGGGCAUGCAAAACCAAAGGAUUUGCCAUGCGAGUUGGAAUCUGCAGUGAGUGAACACACACAUUCUUCUGCUAGAGUGUUAACAGUUGAUAUCUAUCUGAGAAAAACAGASGAGCUCCUUGAUGAACCUGUGACUUUUAAAUCAGAAGAAGAUUUGGACACAAUGGAUAAAAAAUCUGCUAGUAAAAGAUCUGGAAAACGGAGAAAGUCUCAGUUGUCUAGUGACAUUCUGAAUGGAGAGAGAAACCAGACUGAGAAUACUGCGAGAGAAGAAUCUGUUUUUGAGGAUGAUGCCCAUUCUGAGGUGUUCUCAGACAAGACAAUAAACUCUGAACGAAAAAUGAGGUCUCUUCAACAGACUCCUGAAAGGAAUUCCUCUUCCUCUGGCAGUAAUCAGGACCUAAAAAUUGGAUCUGCUCACAAAGGGGCAUCUAAAGCUGAAGCUGACAAGGGCAAGCAGCAGAUCUCAAACACAACCCCUGCAAGGAGAAGGUCAUAUAAAAAGAAUCAGUCAGAUUCUGUACCCAUUUCCCCUACUGGUUUGAAGGGUCAGGUGAAAGAUUACUCUUCAAAAAGGCAACCUUUAGCAUCUCCAGAGACUAACCCAGUAACAAAAAGAACUUCGGUGGAAAAGGGAGCUAUACCUGUGGCUUUUGGGGAAGACAGCUUGGAGUCUCCCAAAACUUCUUCGGCUGCUAAGACAGAAGACAAUGCCUUGGUGUUUGCUGAAGGCAGAAAUGAUACUAAGGCAGUAAAGCAUGGUAAUGGUCCAGAUGGAAGAGCUUUCUUGCAUACUGAUGGGAUUAAAAAUGGAGACCUGUGUCUGUCAGCUGAGAGACAGACAAAUUCUGAUUUAGACACCUCGAAGCUGAAGAUUUUGGAUACUUCCAGAACAGUCACGACAAAGAUUAGCCUUCCAGCCAAACCGAAGAAUAUAGAGCUGAAUUUUAAAACACCUACGAAUCAAGACAGUUUAGAAAGUGAGCAGGAUGCUCUUGAAAAACCAGUUAAUAAAACUAACAGCAACAUUGCCAACAAAAUUUCCUUGUUUGAAAACAAAUGUGCUAACCAGAACCAGAGGCCUACAGACAUCCCUGCUUCAAAAAAUAGUACUGGACUGAGCACAUUCGUUGGCAGAGCMAAACUAAAAUUUGGUAAACAACCUAAAGAAAAUGAACAGCCUGAUAAAACAUUAAAUAAGCAAAGCAGUCGCCAAAAGUUAUUUGARAAUGGCACACAGGAGAAGGAAAGCACUGCAGAAUUAAAAGGCAGAAAUGAAGAAGGCUUUGCCUCUAACRAGGAUAUUGGGAAGACAACAGAGCUUAAAGUAAGAGCUGCCGUAUCCCUUUUUAACCAAAGCAGCAAAAGUGAGGCCGGUUCUGUGUCUCUGAAGCAACCAGAACCAGAAUUAACCACUGCAAARAAAGAAAGUUCACCUUUUAAAGUGUCUUUGCACUCACCGGUUAAAAGUGAAAAUGCUCAAGAUACUUUCUACCAAAGAAAUUACACAAGCUCAGAAUUCCACAGAAAUGAWGAAAAGAUGCUGCCAAACACAGAGGCUUUAUCACCUUGCAAUAAUGGUAAAUAUCCUCUACUAUCUCAUCAGGUUUCUAGGUCAAAAUUUAAGAUGCUGGAAAAUGGAGACAAAAAGGCAAAGCCGGGAGAUUUGAACUUUGCAGCACUGCAGUAUGAUGACAGCAAUCAAGACACUAUAUUAGAAUCAGAGCACAGUUCCAAUACACAGAAGAGCCCAGGCAAAGCCUGUAAUGGGUCUGCUGAAGAUGACAGCAUUUUUGAUUCCCCAUCUGACAUGAAGAAGUUUGCUGAAACAAUAAAAAACUUAGACAGCUCAGUUUGUUUACCCCAGAAAAAGAAGAGGUCAAAGCUUCCAAAGUCACCAGCACCYCACUUUGCAAUGCCUCCUAUUCAUGAAGACAACUUAGAGAAAGUAUUUGAUCCUAGUGUAUUUACUUUUGGUUUGGGACUGAGGAGGGAGAAAACACAGGAUCUGUUACCAGCCCAGCAAAUUAAAAUGCAAAGCCUGGAAACGAUAGCCAGGGUCAGACCCAAGCGUGCAUCAACAGAGCAAAGUAUCAUAUUCAAAGCUCUGCAGUCAUGUAGAGAGGAACCUGCCUUUGCUCACGAAACAAAUGGAAAAGAGAACAUGGAYUGUACAGAUGGUGAAAUUAAGAGAUCACGAGUUGAGAAAAGCUCCCUCUUCUCAAGCUUGCUGUCUUCUAAAGAAAAGUUUUUAUGUCCUUCUGCCACUUCAGUAAAUAACACAACAGCUUUUGCAACUGACUCCUCAGGGAUGCCUCCUUUGCAGCAGGAUGUUUCUGGGCCAUUCAUCAUGCCUCAAAAAUCUGAGUCUCUUUCAGAUAUGAAGUUGCCAAGUUUUGUGGAGAAGUACCUGCAAGCAGAUAGUGCAAAAAAAGAACUAAGUUUACAAAUGCCCAACUAUGGCAACCCUGAGAAAAGUUUUUCCAGCUGGUUAGGGACAAACAGAUAUGAACCAAAUGUCCCUCCUGGUUUAUUAGAUGUGGAUACACUUCCAAGAAAUGGACAAAGUAAAAUCAAUCCCAGACCUGGCAAGCUGGUGAUAUACUGUGACUCAGAUUGCCAAAAAGCUGGCAUUGAAGUUUUCCAUGAUGUUCCAGAUUGCAGUUCUUGGGUUCUGACACCAACAAUUUUAGUUAAAGUCAUCAGAGGAUGCUGGAUACUCUAUGAGAAACCAAAUUUUGAAGGCCCCUCUGUUCCAUUGGAAGAAGGAGAGUUGGAACUCACAGAUAUUUGGGGUACAGGUACUUCUGAAGAGCAAAGUGACYGCAAAUCUCAAAAGCCUGCAGUGAUCGGUUCGAUAAAACAUGUUGUUAAGGAUUACAGGGUUUGCCGAAUUGAUUUGUAUACAGAGCCUGAAGGGUUAGGAAUCGUGACUUCCUUUUUUGAUGACACUGAAGAAACAGGGGUGUUUGGCACCACUCAGAAGACUUGUUCCAUUAAAGUACAUUGGGGCAUAUGGCUUAUUUAUGAAGAGCCUGGUUUCCAGGGAGUYCCUUUAAUGUUGGAACCUGGUGAAUAUCCUAAUUUAUUAUUCUGGGAGAAGAAGGAAGCCUACAUUAGGUCCAUGAGACCCUUGAAAAUGGGUGGUCGCAAAGUCGAAUUCAGUGGGGAGCCAAAGGUAAUUGUUUAUGAGAAGCCUUUCUUUGAAGGGAAGCAUGUGGAAAUAGAAUCAGAGAUCGUUAUGCUUGAAGACAAGGAAUCAGAAGACAAGAAAAGACUUCCACUUGCAUCAGUAGGAUCCUUGAAAGUGCUGGGCGGAGUUUGGGUUGCUUACGAGAAACCCGGGUUUGAAGGCCAUCAGUACCUGCUGGAGGAAGGAGCGUAUCGGGAUUGGACAGACUGGGGUGGCUACGACGAGGCGCUGCAGUCCCUGCGACCCAUUGUUGGCGACUUCACAAGCUCACACAUGAUAAUGUACAGUGAAAAAGACUUUGGAUCAAAGUGUUCCAAUAUCAACGUGUUAGGAAUUAUUUCCAAUUUGAAAGACACUGGAUAUGGGCUGAGGACGCAGUCUAUAAAUGUGCUAAGUGGCGUAUGGGUGGCUUAUGAGAAUCCUGAGUUUACUGGGGAGCAGUAUAUACUGACUAAAGGGCUAUAUCCCAGCAUUGAGGCAUGGGGRGGAAAGAAUUGCAAAAUAUCUUCAGUUCAACCCAUUGUUAUGGAUAUUGUUGGAAGCGAAAAGGGCAAAGUCAAGGUCCAGUUAUUUUCAGAGCCUGAAUUCAAGGGCAACUGCCAAAUAUUUGAAAAAAACACAGGAUGUAUUGAUUCAUUUGCUGUGAAGUCUUCAAAAAUUGUAGAUGGAAGCUGCAUAGUGUAUGACCAGGAGGAAUUCUCUGGUAACCAGUAUGUGUUGGAAGAAGGGAUCUAUCCUGAUCUGACAGCAAUGGGUUGUUCACCCCAAGCAGUUAUAAAAUCUUUACGGAUCAUAAAUGUUGAGCUGUCUGAGCCCUGCAUAGCUCUUUUUGAAAAGAUGGGUUUCCAAGGAAAGAAAAUCGAAUUCAGUACAGAAACCUUAAAUCUCCAGUUCCUGGGAUACAAUCCUCGAAUAGCUUCAGUUCAAGUCCUUGGUGGCAUAUGGGUAAUCUAUGAACAUAGUAAUUACAGGGGACGGCAGAUGUUAUUAACACCAAAUGAAAUUCCAGAUUGGUGUAAAGCCAGCAGCUUUUCUCACAUAGGCUCUCUGAGACCYUUACUGCAGAAACRUGUGUUCUUCAGGCUUCGAAACAAGGAAACAGGAAAAUUCAUGUCAGCUGAUGGAAACCUAGAUAAUCUGAAUCUUCUCAGAAUACAGGUUGUAGAAGAUACAGACUCAGAUGAUCAAAUCUGGGUUUAUCAGGAUGGAUUCAUAAGGUAUCGGAUGGCAGAGGAUUGCUGCUUGACAAUUGUUGGAAAUCUUAUAACUCCUGGCUCUAAACUCGGUCUGUCAUUUGAGCGGAAUGAAGACAAACAAUAUUGGCAUAUUAGUCCCGAUGGCAGAAUUUAUAGCAAGAUGAAACCCAACCUCGUUUUAGAUAUCAAAGGAGGCACACAGUAUGAUUGUGACCAUGUCGUUGUCAACACAGUCAAUGAAGAAAAGCUAACACAGUGCUGGGAACCACUGGUUGUAUAAACCUAAAGAAGGAAAGAUGAUGUUUGAAGGGGCCAUGUUUGAAGUGGCCACUAUUCUGGACACUGGAAUUGGCACUGCCAUCUCUGAAGGAUACAGAAUGAACAAUGAGAGUUUUCUUUUCUUCACAGUUUUAAAAAGAACAAGCAACAGAUUGGUUUCACCUCUCUAUCCAAGAUUAUUGUCGCUAUAAAAGCUUGAGUAUCUCAAAACCUUCCUUUUUUUUUAAAUCCUUACAACUCAGUGUUGGAUAGAGUGGCAGUAUGCCUCAGGCUAGAAUGGGAACAACUGACUGUGAGAGAAAUCCCAUGGAGCUACUUAUGUCAGUGAGUGGUUCACCCAGAAUAGUCAGUCAGUGGAACUUAUUUUAUUAAGGACAGGAGUGCAGUGUAUAUGUGGGUAUAGCAACUUGGACCUAUAGGCUGUAGUAUAGAGAAAUAUUCACUACAGGAAAUUAAUAUAUUUGGUUUACUGGAACAAACUUAUGUUUACUGAAAGUUUAAAGACUGCUAAUACAGCAUAUCCAAAGACUUUAACAUGUGGCUUCAAGUAUAGUUAGUAUGCUAAUAUAGUAAGUCCUAAUUUAAGAAAAAACUCUAGAUUUUCUCAUGCAUAGAGGAUGUAAAGUAGCAAAUAUUUUGUUAGAAAAAGAGAGGGCUGCCAAAAGGAUCUAUAGGAAUGUGAAGAAUUUGCCCAUUUUCUAGGUUGCCUAACUUCUUGAGUUGUGGGUAUUUUUCUUCUUUGCCAAGUCACAUUUGUACCUUGUUCAGUAAGUACAGUUCUCCAGAACUCCAAAAUCAUAGAAAACCCAAAAAUUCUUAGGGAAGGUAUCACUAAGAUUACUGUAACAGCAUGUUAAGCGCUGUGGUUACUGAGUUUUCCAGCCACUGCCUGUUGCAUUUACCAUGGAGAAUGCCCAACGCCCCACUAUUUCUGGUGAUUUUGGAGAGCAAUGUUUGUGGUGGGCUGGUGCCUCCCCAUUGGACAGAAGUGUCUGACUCCUCUAGGAAGGGGCACAGCUAAGCCUGGAUAUGUGCCCAGCCUUAAGGGCUGUGCCCAUUCCAAGUGUUACUGGUUUAGUAAAGAGCUUGUGACAAGUGGGAUGUCCUGAUGACUGCAGAAGGUCCUUCKGUUGCCCUGCUUUGAACAUGGUCAUGUUAGUUUUCCUUAAUAAUGUUGGCAAAAAGGUGAAACACAAACUCUUGUACUAUGCUGCUGUGUUUUGUUCUGGCUUAGACCAGUKUUAUUACAAGCUGCUCUUAGGAGCAUCCAGGCCUUUGUCUUGCAUAGUAAGUCUGUUUAAAAUUAACAUUUUCAUUAUUAUUGUAUUGCCUCAAAGCAUACUGGUGCUUUUACUGUUACCACCCGAGAGGAAGUGCCUUACUAAUUUUCUUCCUUUUGUAAAGAUGCACUGAAGUUUUGUUGCUCUGAAAUGUGCUGCUUUUAGUCCUUAAUAGAAAAUAUGUUGUUACUGGUUCCAAACAGUGGUACUUUGUCAUAUUGAUGUGCUCUUGCUAUAUAUAAUAUAGUAUUUUACAAAUCAA